UGCGCUCUUGGAGAUCAGUUCUCCCUUUUGCUCACUGUGUCGCCCUCAGGCCACCAAAAUAGAAACACGUCGCGGCGCGUAUAUUCGCAGCUUCCUCCUCAUCCUCCAGACCUCGCGCCCCGAGCCAUUGAAACGCCAUACAGCAAGAGACAACGACGCCUGAAACAGAGCACAUUUGCAGCCCUUCGCAAGCGGGCACGAUCGAGCCACCACCCUCUGCAGCAAGAGCAGCGGCCUGACUGCCGCUCGUGCAGAACAUCAUGUCCAGGGCAUGCUCAACAAGCUGCACGGCCAGCCAGACAGUUACGAUCGCAAAUCUAAAUACAAGUUCGGCCGGACGCUGGGCGCCGGCACUUAUGGUAUUGUCAAAGAAGCCGAUGGGCCUACGGGGAAGGUUGCUGUCAAGAUUAUCCUGAAAAAGAAUGUCAAGGGGAAUGAUCAGAUGGUGUACGAUGAGCUGGAGAUGCUGCAGACGCUGCGACACCCACACAUUGUCAAAUUCGUCGACUGGUUCGAAUCGAGGGACAAAUACUACAUCGUCACACAGCUAGCCACGGGUGGUGAGCUGUUCGACCGCAUUUGCGACAAGGGCAAAUUCACAGAAAAGGAUGCGUCGCAAACGAUCAAGCAGGUGCUGGAGGCUGUCGAUUACCUGCACUCAAAGGAUGUCGUGCAUCGCGAUCUCAAGCCCGAAAACCUGCUGUACCUGACACGCGAGCCCGAUUCAGAUCUCGUACUCGCCGACUUUGGUAUCGCAAAGCACUUGGAUAGCCCGGAGGGUGUGCUGAAGACAAUGGCGGGCUCGUUUGGUUAUGCCGCACCGGAGGUCAUGCUAAAGCGGGGCCACAGCAAACCGGUUGAUAUGUGGUCACUCGGAGUCAUCACCUACACACUGCUUUGCGGUUAUUCUCCUUUCCGAUCAGAAUCGUUGCAGGAACUGAUCGAGGAGUGCCGGAACGGGCGAGUGGUCUUCCACGACCGGUACUGGAAAGAUGUGUCAAAGGAGGCCAAGACUUUCAUUCUCAGAUUGCUCAAGCCCGAUCCGCAUGAGCGAGCGACGAGUAAGGAAGCAUUGGCAGACCCAUGGAUUGCUGGCAAGGGUGCGACCGAUCACAACAUCCUGCCAGAGAUCAAGGCAUACAUGGCAACUGCCAAGCUCAAGCGAGGUAUCGAGCUCGUCAAACUCGCCAACCGCAUCGAGGCCCUCAAGAUGCAGGAGGACGAGGAAGAGGAGGGUCCGAAUGAAGCGGAUAUCCCCGCGGACCCUCUUGAGGCAGCAGACCAGGCAGUGCGAGGGCGCGGAGAUAGCACUGGAAGUCUGACUGUGCCUGGUGGUGAUCCGCAGAGGAAGCGCAGCCUUAGCAAGCUGGCGAAGAGUGCGAUUUUCCGAGAGGUUGUCCUUGCGAAAGUGCGUGAGAUGAAGGCCGAGGAAGAGAAAAACAAGACAUUGCAAGCUGCGAAUGCGAAUGCAAAGUAAUGGUGUGAUCGCCAACGGUAUCGCUUCCAGAGCACCGUAAAAAACUGGAGAGCGGCGUAACUGGAGUAGAUGAGCAACUGAUCGAUUCCCAACGUUCGGUGAUCGGCUGAGAGAAGCGUGAAAGCGAUGUUUACAAAUACCACUACAGCU